AGUAAGGGUCUACUCUACUCUACUCAAGCAAAAAAAUAGUUUAUGGAUGUCAAUAACAAUAACAAUCGUACGUCCGAAAGGCGCAAACGUCCACGACCGCAACAUGAAGAUACACCACACGCUGCUUGUGACCAGUGCCGAUCUCGUAAGGUCAAAUGUGAUAGGGUUCAACCCGAAUGUUCCAAUUGUCGGAAAACCGGCGUCUCUUGCACCUCGCUCAACACUCCUAAACGUGUGAAUCAGACUAAACAACUCCGAAACGAUUUUUCUAGCGUUCUAGAGCGCCUCGAUGGUGUCGACCAGACUCUAAGCGCGUUAACUCAGCUUACCCAACAGAUCGCCGCACGAACCUAUGUCCCCACUCCGAGACCUAACGCUCAUACCUCAUGCUCUACCGAAUCGGCACGGACAUCCGCCUUUAGCGACUAUAGUUCCAUUAUACCGAGCCUCCAGAAAGAUCGGUCUACUAUAGCAGUUGAAGAUGGAUGUCUUCAUGAAACCGUUGAGCUCGAACACGGCGGUGAACGGAUAUAUCCCUACCCCGCGGCCCUAGCGUUGAUCAAGUCUCUAUCAAGGCAACUAGCACAAGUUCUCGUCGAGCGUGAAAAUGAAAAGGAUGGCGAAGCGGACAUUAUUGUUAAGAACCCGGCGCUGCGGGCUGCUCUGCGGCAACAGCUUGAGAGCUUCCCCUACUCACAAUGCUCUCAGCCUGUCGUGACGAGUGACCAUAGACCCAUUACAACCCCGCCGCGAUUUCUAGUCGACCUAUUCAUACAUGGAUUCCUGCGCGACUUCAACAGCUAUACUCCCAUAUUUGAUGAAGCGGACCUCCGUCAUGCCACCGAGAUCCAUUAUUCGGACAGGUCGUUAAGCGAGAAUAACGCCUGGACCCUCAUAUUCAAUAACAUCGUCCUGCUUGGUUUAGGUCUCGAGGCACAAGUAGCUCGUGCGGGGCAUUCGGAUUCAAUGAAUAUGAAUUACGACAUGAUCCCUUCAUUCGUGCGAAAUUGCAACCGGGCUCUAGCUGAUCUUGAGUCUUUCACUCGCCCCUCUCUGGCUAAUGUUCAGGCACUCCUAACCCUGGCUCUUGUAACCCGCCAUUUCUAUAAUAGUAGUAUUUUCGAAAGAGUCUGUCAAACAGCCUGCCAGGUAGGACGAAUUCUUGGCCUGCAUCGAUCCGUAGCUCGCGAAAGUAGUGCGGGAGAGAUUUCAACGGAGCGUGUGCGUUUAUUCAGAGUCCUAUAUGCUCUAGACAAGCAACGUGUGUUUAUGUCAGGCCAACCAAGUGAUCUACACCUCUUCGAUUCAUAUCUUAUUCUAAAGCCAAACGACGAAUAUGGGUCGUCGAGUCAUCGGCUCAAUGAUGGUUUCAAUCGUAUGAUGGAAAUCUGGGAGGAAGUGUAUCUCGCUCUUUAUUCAUCAAGGGCGAUUGCCGGCGGCAAAGCACACCGUUCCCAACAAGUACAUCGUUUAUGUCAGCUUUUGGAAGAGUGGCACCAGCAACACCACGAGUUUAUGAACACCCAUUCCUUAGGUGUAGAAUCGGGCUAUAUGCAACUCGAAUUGAAGUACUGCUACCAUGUCACCCAAGUUCUCAUACUUCUUCACGACCACCAGAACGAACUUGCUCAACGAAAGUUACACGAUCACUCACGAACAUGCCUGAGGCUUAUAUCCGAGGCCGGAUCAACACCACCCACUACCACAAGCCUAGCUCUGCUUGCUCGGAUGCUCGGCAACUAUCCCAUAACCGCAUUUCUUGACCUGAUUUCCUUCCAUUUCAAUAUCUUGUCAAAGAAUGGACCCUCAGAUGAAAACUUCGAAUCCGAUCUUAGCAUGCUCUUGAUCACUUCUCACUACCUCCGGACGUUAGGACAUCCCGACUUUCCAGCUGUUUAUUUCGGCCGCCUCGAUAUCGGUUUAACCUGGGCCCUGGGACUUCUUGAGAUUGUCAAAAUCAAACCGCCAGGCCAACAUACAAUUACUGGCAUUAUCCACCAGCAACAACCCGAUAUUUCUUGGACCCCACCGAUCACGUCGUGCCCAGAUUUCAGCUUCACGCCAACAUUUCUAGACGGUCGUCCGGGUCUUGAACUCUACCCCAUAACUGACCACAUAGACUUCAAUCCAAGCAUAGACUCCUUUGAAAGAUUAUUUACGCCGAAAUAAAGCUGGCGACCGGUCAAAUCUACGGCAAUAAUACAUAAUCCGACUGAUAGAUCACUUUGCCAACGUAUAGCUCGUCUAUUCAUCUGAUGCCGAAUUU